AUGGAAAAUUCAAGUGAUGAAAACACUCUUGUACCAAAAUACUUACAACAACAUGACAUAGAUAAAGAAUGCAAGGAGUUGUUAGCCACAUUGCCAUUAGAAAAAGGUUGGCUUUCAUCUCACAUACAUCAAUAUCAAGGAUUUUGGUUUUCCCCAGAGAGGUUCCAUUAUGUUUUAUUUUGUCAAAAGCACUUCCAAGCUUUUGAUACUGAUAUUCUCUUAGCCACUAGUCCUAAAUCGGGUACAACUUGGCUUAAAGCAUUAAUCUUUGCUUUGAUAAACCGCAACAAAUAUCCAAUUACUCAUAACAACCAUCCUUUACACACCACUACGCCUCAUGAUCUUGUUCCUUUUUGUGAUAGAGAUUUUGUUUCUGAUUUCAAAACAAUUUCUCAUCCAAGACUCUAUUCCUCUCAUCUACCUUAUGAAUUAUUGCCAAAAUCUUUUAUAGACUCGACUUGCAAGGUGGUGUAUCUAUGUAGAGAUCCUAAAGACGUUUUUGUUUCAUUGUGGCAUUUCAUAAACAAGAUAAGAGCAAAAACUAGUGGAACACUUCCAUUAGAAGAGGCAUUUGAGAGUUUUUGCAGAGGAGAAAGUCCUUUUGGACCUUUUUGGGGGCAUGUAUUAGGAUAUUGGAAAAAAAGUUUAGAAAGUUCCGAGAAGAUUAUGUUUUUGAAAUAUGAAGAAAUGAAAAUGAAACCUAAUUUUUAUUUGAAAGAGAUUGCUAAGUUUUUGGACUGUCCAUUCUCUAAAGAAGAAGAAUCUAAAGGUAUGCUUGAUGAUAUAUUAAAUUUGUGUAGUUUUGACAAGUUGAGUAAUUUGGAAGUCAACAAGACCGGAAAAACUUCGUAUGAAAUUGAAAGCAAAGCUUUUUUUCGUCUUGAUCAAGUUGGAGAUUGGAAAAAUCUUCUUACACCAAAAAUGAUUGAGCACAUAAACACAAUCACAAAAGAGAAAUUUGUUAAACAUGGAUUGAGUUUUUAA